UGUGCACAAGAUCCCAGAGCUAACCUUUUUGCGAAAAUGCAAGAAUCCGUUUGAAAGGACGUAGAGCGCGCGUUUGGGGUCUUGCAAGCACGUUUUGCAAUUAUCAAAGGUCCUGCUCGAAUGUGGCAACCGUCUACAUUGUCAUUGAUCAUGAAUUGUUGCAUCAUACUGCACAACAUGAUCGUCGAGGACCAGGCCCAAGAACCUCGAGGGGCUAACGACGUAGACAUCUUUGAUCCCCCGGUACCUCCUCCACCUCGUCUUCCUCAACCGGCUGCGACUUUUGAGUGUUUCAUGCAAGGGCGAGCCUUUCGCGCAAAAGCUAAUCAUGUCUCUCUACGCGACAAUCUUGUGCACCACAUAUGGGGCAAAUUUGGUCCACAGGAGGACUAACUAUCAGUAGAUGCUCAGUUGUUUCCCUCAUAGUUUUUCCUGUCACUGGUUUCCCUUUUAUUUUUUUUAUUUUCCAGUCACUCGUUUGCCUUCUCAUCUGUUAAAUUUGUUUGGUCGAGAUGUUUUUCCCUUGUAUUUUUUUUAUUUUCCAGUCACUCGUUUGCCUUUUCUCAUCUGUU